CCUCUCCAGCGCCUUCCUUCCUCCCCUUCAGUUCUCCUCUUAUCACUUCCGAGCUCUAAUGGCCUCACACCCCGCGCGCUAAAGAAGCCCCCCGGUCCCACGCCCUGACAGGCCCGACCCCAUGAGGCAGCCGCACCUCCUCUCGCCGCAGCAGCUCUCCCCUUCCCCCGUGCUCUCCUCCCACUUCUCGCCGCCGGCGCUGGGGGGCUCGCCGUGGCGGUGGCGCCACCGCCGCGCCUUCCACGCGCCGCUAUCUUCGCUGCGGGAGUCCGAGAAGAGCACGCUCCGGAAGGCCUCCCCCAACGUCCCCUUCCGGUUCGGCGGCGGCGGGGGCGGCAGCCGCAAGGACCGCCGCUCCGCCGCCGACCGGGAGGAGAAGGAGGAGGCGGCGGCGGCGAGGGAGGAGGACGAAGGCAACUCGGGGGCCAUCACCGGAACGCUAUUGGCCGGGGCGGUGCUGGUCGGGGUCGUAGGGGGGUUCGGGGCGGCCGGGUACGUGUACAAGGACCAGAUCAAUACCUUCCUCACACAGUUCUCCGGGUUCAUUGAGGGCUAUGGGCCUGCUGGAUAUGCGUUGUUUAUACUUGCCUAUGCAGGAUUGGAGGUUCUUGCAAUUCCGGCAAUACCAUUAACUAUGUCUGCUGGUCUAUUAUUCGGCAGUGUUACUGGUACUAUUAUGGUUUCAAUCAGUGGAACACUAGCUGCCUCGUUGGCCUUUCUCAUCGCCAGAUACUUCGCUAGAGAGCGUAUUCUUAAAAUGGUUGAAGGAAAUAAGAAGUUUCUGGCGAUUGAUAAAGCAAUAGGUGAAAAUGGAUUCAAGGUUGUAACUCUGCUUCGUUUGAGUCCCCUAUUACCGUUCUCCCUUGGGAACUACCUGUAUGGCUUGACUUCAGUCAAGUUCUUGCCUUAUGUGUUGGGCAGUUGGUUGGGAAUGCUUCCAGGAACAUGGGCUUACGUUAGUGCUGGUGCAUUUGGACGAGCAAUAAUCCAAGAUGAGACAGAAAUUGGUCUGGGAGGAAACAACCAGCUACUGACACUGGGCAUAGGGCUAUUAGUUACAGCCGUUGCUGCCACUUAUGUAACAAGGCUUGCAAAGGAUGCUGUAAAGGAUAUUGAUGAAUAGGAUGGUAGGAUUACAUAGUAAAAGUGCCAUUCAUAGCGAAGUAGCACACGCAUUGUACAUCACUGGCAUCAUUGAUGCAAUCUAAUAUACUCCCUCCGUCCCGAAUUAAUUGACGUGGAUUUGUAUAAAAUUCUAUACAAAAUCCACGUCAAAUUCGGGAAGGAGGGAGUACUAGAAAUGCAAGCAAUUUUCAGAGGAAAAAGAGUCUUCUUGCUGUUCU